GGACAUUAUAAACAAUAUUUGUUGCGCAAAGAUAUCAAUUUGAAAUUUACCAAUGAAAAAUCUUAUUAAACAGUUAUGGAAAAUACGUUAAUUUUUGAAUGUAUAUAUAAUAUAGUCAAAUAAUAUAUUAUAUAUACCUGUAUUAUUAUUUAUAAAUUGAAAUAUAAUUUUGUUAAGUCAUAACAAAUGAUAAAAAGUUAAUUCUUCUAACUAUAAUAUUAUUUAUUACUGAAUAUGUAAAUGAAAAAAUAUAUGGACCAAUCAGAAUGAACUUCGUCACUUUUAAUUGGACAUUUGUGCAUUUAUCUACGUUUAACCAAUCUUCUUGUUCAAAAAUUGUUUAUUUCUGAUUGGUCAUGAAAAUUAAUUAAAUCUGAAAAAAGAGCUAUAUUAAAAUCAUAUAAAAGGAACAGAAAACUGAAGCAAACUGAAGCAGACAUAAACUUACCAAACGAAUAGAUGCCAUCUAGUAAUCAAAUUGUUUAAUCUUAUAACGAACUUUUAUGAAUACGAAUGAAACGUGCAACUAAAUUUUAUGUUUCAUGUAAAGUGCGAAUGAAGUGAAACUGUUAAGAAAUAUCUUUAUUAUUCUAUUUCAUAAAACAUUUCGAUAGUGAUGUCAAAAAUGACGGGAUACGAUACGCACGAUGAUGGUCCUGGAUUUGUUGGUAUUAGAUUUUGUCAAGAAUGUAAUAAUAUGUUAUAUCCAAAGGAAGAUAAGGAAAACAAAGUGCUUAUGUAUGCGUGCAGGAAUUGUGAUUUUAAACAAUUAGCUGAUAGUAAUUGUAUAUAUGUAAACAAAAUUAUGCACGAAAUUGAUGAACUGACACACAUCGUUGCUGAUGUUAUAUCUGAUCCUACUUUACCAAGAACAGAGGACCAUCCCUGUCCUAAAUGUAAUCACAGAGAAGCUGUAUUUUUCCAAGCUCAAACCAGGAGAGCAGAAGAAGAAAUGAGAUUAUAUUAUGUAUGUACAAAUCAACAUUGUUCACAUAGGUGGACAGAAUAAAUUUAAUAAUUUGCGCUACGAAUCUAUUUAAUAAGUAUAUUUUUAUAUGAUUUAAAAUAAUAUACUAUUAUAAAUAAAAUUCAUGUAAAUAUGUAUAAA